AUCUGCCAUACCAAUGGCAACCAACAAUCGUCCCAACCCAACUUUUAAUGAUAGGAGACGUUGCCCUGGUGGCAAUUCCUGGUGAAUUCACCACAAUGGCUGGCAGAAGGAUGAGGGAUGCUGUUCGAAUUGCCCUUAAGGAAGCAGGAGGCCCUGAAGCCCUUGUCGUAAUCGCAGGAUUGAGUAACACUUAUACUGACUAUGUUGUCACUCCUGAAGAAUACCAGGUUCAACGUUACGAAGCAGCUUCUACAAUUUAUGGACCACACACACACACUUUAUAUAUUCAGCAAUACCAAAAAUUGGCUAGAGCUUUGGCAAAGAAUGAGACCCUAGAAUUAGGCCCAAAACCCAAUUAUUUCGACGACAAGGUCUGGACUUUGGUUCCGGGGGUUGUUUACGAUUCUGCAGAAAUGGGCAAAGAUUUCGGAGACUGCAAACGUCAGCCUAAAGAGACUUACAACAGGGCGAGACUGCCAGUGCAGUAUUUGUUUCAGGAAAUCCAAGAAACGAUCGUUUACAUGGAAAAACUUUCCUGAAAGUUGAAAGACAAGUCGAAAAUGGUGGUUGGGAAACUGUUUAUACAGAUGCUCAUUGGGAUACAAAGAUGCACUGGAGAAGGAUAAAUCUGAUUACAGGAACAAGUGACGUCACUGUCGAAUGGACAAUUUCUGAUGACGUCACACCAGGAACAUAUCGUAUCAAACAUUUUGGAAACUUUAAAUUUUUAUUAGGAGG